GCCUCCGCCUCUGCCUGCGCCCGUGCGGGUGCCACCGCGGCCGCCUCCUCCUCGUCCCCCUCGUCCUCGUCGUCCUCCUCCCGCGCCCGGCUCCCGCGCCUGGCCCCCGCUCCCGCCCUCCCUCCGGCCCUCCCGCGCGCGCGGAAGCAUGCAGCGGGCCGCCCUGUUCGGCAGCCCUGGCGGCGGCCCCGGUGGCGGCAGCGGUCCCGGCCCGGGUCCUGGCCCCGGGAAGAUGGCUGCAGGAGACCUCGGGGAGCUGCUGGUCCCUUACAUGCCCACCAUCCGCGUCCCCAGGUCCGGGGAUCGCGUCUACAAGGCGGAGUGCGCCUUCUCUUACGACUCCCCGAUUUCAGAAGGAGGUCUCUAUGUGUGCAUGAAUACGUUCCUGGCCUUUGGAAGGGAACAUGUUGAAAGGCACUAUCGGAAAACUGGACAGUGUGUGUACAUGCAUCUGAAAAGACACGUGAGAGAGAAAGUAACAGGGGCAUCUGGUGGCGUGUUACCAAAAAGGAGGAAUACCAAGCUAUUCUUAGAUCUAGAAAUGAAUGGAGAUUUAAAUAGUGAUGAUUAUGAAUAUGAAGACGAAGCCAAGCUUGUUAUAUUUCCAGACCACUAUGAAAUUGCAUUGCCAAAUAUUGAGGAGUUACCUGCACUGGUAACAAUUGCGUGUGAUGCUGUCCUUAACUCAAAAUCUCCGUAUAGGAAACAGGAGCCGGAUUCCUGGGAAAAUGAACUGCAAGUUUCCAAACAUGCCAAUAACCUCAUGCAACUGGACAAUGGUGUCAGGAUUCCUCCCAGGUAUAAUCUAGUGGAGAGAAACAGCCAGGGCAGCCUUAAGCGGGAAAAGGACCUAUCUGAAGAAAGCAGGGGGCUUCAGAAGGGGAGGAGCAGCCCCACUACUGCCGUAGACAUGGUGGGAGAUUUAUCAGGCUAUUUGGAGGUGGCUAUUUGCAUUGGGGAGCAGGGGAGUGACAUAAUGAGACUUUGGAAGGCAUUCUCACCAGCCAGGGGGAGACAGUCUUCCAUGAUGUUUGUCCUCGAUGGUGUCCUUUACUCCUGUUCUUCUUUGGAGUUCCUCCUUGGUUAUGCAUCGCACCCUGAUCGCACCCACCAGGCACCUUUCCGUUGCCAAGAAUUACAUGGAAUAGACUGGACUGGUGGUAUCCAUUACAGAUUGAUAUUACCUAAUCUCAGCUGGGUCCUCCUUGCACCUCAGCAGAAUGGGAUCUCUCCAUGCAUGUUCAAGGCCUUUGUCAGCAAGAGCCACCCUGAAUUCUCCUCCAACAGACAGCAGGAUGCUCAGGAGUUUUUCUUGCACCUGGUAAAUCUAGUGGAGAGGAACCGAAUUGGCUCUGAAAAUCCAAGUGAUGUUUUCCGGUUUGUGGUGGAAGAACGAAUUCAAUGCUGUCAGUCCAGGAAAGUUCGCUACACGGAGAGGGUCGAUUAUUUGAUGCAGUUGCCGGUGGCCAUGGAAGCAGCAACGAACAAGGAUGAGCUGAUUGCCUACGAGUUGACCAGAAGAGAAGCAGAGACAUCCAGGAGACCGCUCCCAGAACUGGUCCGGGCCAGGAUUCCUUUUAGUGCCUGCCUUCAGGCCUUUUCUGAACCAGAUAAUGUGGAAGACUUUUGGAGCAGCGCCCUACAGGCAAAGUCUGCUGUCACUGAGCCGCCCCCUCAAGCCCCCUCAAUUCCCGACGCUCCGUCCCCCUCUGCCCGCCUUCUCCCGCCACCACCUUCCACUGAGGAAAAGGAAUUGUAUCGUAUGUCUGCUAUCCAGAACCUCCAUUCUUUGGACCCCUUUGCUGAUGCAAAUAAGGGUGAUGACCUGCUUCCUGCUGGGACUGAGGAUUAUGUCCAUGUAAGAAUUCAACAGAGAAAUGGGAGGAAGACCCUCACUACUGUCCAGGGGAUCGCUGAUGAUUAUGAUAAAAAGAAACUAGUGAAGGCAUUCAGGAAGAAGUUUGCCUGCAAUGCAAUUGAGCAUCCAGAAUAUGGAGAAGUAAUUCAGCUACAGGGUGACCAGCACAAGAACAUAUGCCAGUUCCUCGUUGAGAUUGGAUUGGCUAAGGACAACCAGCUGAAGGUUCAUGGCGUAACUCAUUCGUGUAAUAAACUGAAAAGUGCCAUGCCGUCUAGUCUUGCAGCCCCUCAUUUAAAAAGAGUAAAUGGCUCCUCUCCUUUUGCAGAUGUCUCCAUUGAUAUGCCAGACCUCCUGGAUAUCAACCAUCUCAGAGCCACAGGGUUACAGCCCGGAGAGGAAGAGCUUCCAGAUAUUGCCCCUCCAAUAGUCAUUCCUGAUGACCCCAAAGAUCGAUUGAUGAACCAUUAUAUGGAACCACCAGACAUCGAUGAGUCCUCUGUGAUGCAGUUGGCAGAGAUGGGUUUCCCUUUGGAGGCAUGUCGGAAGGCUGUGUACUAUACUGGAAACAUGGGACCUGAGGUGGCCUUCAACUGGAUCAUUGGCCAUAUGGAAGAGCCUGAUUUUGCUGAACCGCUUUCCCUGCCUGGUUUUGGAGGAAGUGCUACUUUGGGGGCCACUGCUUUUGGUGCUAUUGGAUUGGAUAACCAGCCUCCAGAAGAAAUUGUAGCCAUCAUUACCUCCAUGGGUUUCCAGAGGAAUCAGGCCAUUCAGGCAUUAAGGGCAACGAAUAACAAUUUGGAGCGGGCGCUGGAUUGGAUUUUCAGCCAUCCUGAACUGGAAGAAGAUAACGAGUUUGCUGCCCAUAUGAUGGAGAUGGAGAACAAUGCCAAUGCUAACAUUAUUUCAGAGUCCAAGCCAGAUGGUCCCAGAGUGAAAGAUGGAUCAGGAAGGUAUGAGCUAUUUGGGUUCAUCAGCCACAUGGGACCGUCCACCAUGAGUGGCCAUUAUGUUUGUCAUAUCAAAAAGGAAGGCAGAUGGGUGAUCUACAAUGACCAUAAAGUCUGUGCCUCAGAAAGGCCCCCCAAAGACCUGGGCUACAUGUACUUUUACCACAGGAUAUCAAGCUAGGCCUCUGAUAUACUUCUUGCCCAGAAGAUGCCAUAUGCCUUCACAAUUUGCCAAAAAGAAAAAAAAAAGAAAAAAAAGAAAAAAAAGAAAAAAAAAGGAGAGGAAGAAGAAUAAGUAAGACAAAGGAAAAAAGUUGGGACUGCCAAACACCCAGGAAUCCAUGCGGUAUUUAUAGAUUAAUUAAAGAGCCCCUUGGCUUUUGAAUGCCUUCUGGAGGAGUAGUCGGCAAAUUUCUAUUCCGUCAUCCUAGACGACUGAUUGUUUUCUUUUUGUAAACGUCCAAGGAAAUGAUGUUCAGAAGCUUCUGGAUUGCCAAGUGGGCAAGCAGCCCAAAAGCCAAAAAUACGAAAGGGCUUCGCAGUGGAGUUUGAGCCCUCCUUGGGCUUUGGGAGCCUGGAAUGACCGUCGGAGAUCUUCACGGAAACCAAAUCAUGUUUCCCCACUGGCAGGGCUCUGCUGGACCCUAUGAAAAAGCUCCAUAUUACCUCAUAUGGAAAAAAAUAGAGGUGAUCUCACAUUGGCCUUAGAUUUGACCCUUCCCCCACCUAAUCACAGAUAAUAAAUUCUGACCUAUCUAUGUGUAAUAUAUUAGAUCUUCCAUGAAAAUAUUUUAAAUUUGAGUCCAACCAAUAUUCAUAACCUAAUUUUGUGUGUUUGUGUGUGUGUGUGUGUGUGUGUGCAAGAGAGAGACAGACAGACAGACAGAAAGAGACAGACAGACAGAGAGUGAGACUGUAUUGUCGAAAUCCACUUGAAAUCCAAUGGUUGAUUCAUUUUUAAAUGUUGAACCAUUUGGUAUUAGGUGUGGCCAGAAGAAGCAUCCAAGCCUUUAAAGGGAUCUAUACCUCAGGAACAAUCAGAACUCCCUUUUCCACUUAGAUUUCAAAAGUGAGGUGGGGGUGUGUCCAUUUAGCUGCUAUGAGUAAUUCCCCUGGAUAAGUGACACCCCAGCUCUCCACCACCAUGCAUUCCCAGCAUGUUCUGGUGCUUUGCCCAAGGUGGUAAAUUGUUUCAAGUCUUGCCAAAAGCAUAGACACCAUUUCCAAGAGAAGUGGCUAAUUAUUGAUUCUCAUGAAGUUCUCUGGUGUGUCCUCGUGGGUCAGCUCCCCAGGACCUUGCAGAGCCCACCCUCAGACCAAUGGUCACAGCCCUCUCUGCUGGGGCAUUUCAUCACCCUCCUUUUUUCCCCUGUGUUUGCUGAGUUCUUCUUCUUUUCAGUUCCUCUCCCUUUCUUUUCCCCUGGCUCCUUUCCUCCUUUGAUUAGUUUUGGCCAGCAGAGAUCAUGGGAAACUUAUAGAGAGCAGAGUGAAUUCAUUGGUUGCUAUCUUAUGAAAAGAGAAAUCUAAUGAUUUCCAUAGGUCAGUAUGUUAUUGUAAGUCUGGGAUCAGAUCUUAACCUUUGGGGCUAUUGGAAUUGUAUUAAAGUCAUGUGAAACGUGACCUUUUUCUCAUGUUCACUCUGCUUUGCCCUAAGUUUCUGAGUAUUCAAUGUUUAUAUUAUUCGGUGAAUUUCUUACUCCUCCCAGUGAGCCGGAAUGAAUUGUUCUGGAUAAAGCAGAACAGAGUCCAAUUCCACUGUGUACCGAAUUAGAAACAGCCUUUUGAUCAUCAGGACCCAGACAUUCUCCAGAGAGAAGAAUAACAGUAUGGAUCAUUGGAUUGGAGAUUGAGAACUUGGAGGACCUUAGAGGUCAUCCAAUCCAACAUCCUCAUUUUACAGAGUAGAAAACUGAGAUGAUGUGACUUCUCUCAGGUUACACAGCUUUUAAAGUGGAAGAGCCAGGAUUUGGUCCCAGGUCACCAGACUCUAAUGUUCUCCAUGCUGCAUCAUUGUGGUGAAGGGAGAAAAGUACACCAGGCAAAAUGUCAGAUCUGUCCUGCACCUUCCUGGUGACUGUGAGCAAAUCCCUUCACUUUUCUACAUCUCAAUUUUCCUCCUGUGUCAAAAGGGGAGAAUUAUGCUUUUCCUCUCUGGUUUGUGGGGAAUUGAGAUGAAAUGAUAGUUGCCCUGGUACUUUAAAAUGAAACACCUUGGCAAUUGUCAGGUGGCAUCAUAAGCCUGUGAGGGAUCCCCUCUCUCUUCUCUCAGCAGAUAGCUUCUUCGACUUCAAAGUUAUCACUUAAAGCUAGGUCAAUGGAGAGGAUGCUUUUACCUUUGCUACCUGAUUUCUUGGUUUAAUUGCUGGUGUAAAAUGAUACAAGUUAAUGACACCUUUAUAAUCCAACUGAUUCUUAAAACACUUGCAAGUAACUGGUCCCCUGAGGCAGAGUAAAUAAUUCUUUCCCUCCCUCCCUCCAUCCUUCCUCCUUCCUCCCUUCCUCCUUUCCUCCCUUCCUCCCUUCC